AUGGCUCUCUCUGUCCUCACAUCGGGUUCUUCUCGGCAGAUUUCCUCCUAUAGUAUGGGAGGUGGAGGUGGGGGAUCUGUUAGACUGUCAAGUGGCGUAGGGUUCAGUGGUGGUUCCAAGUUUGCUGGAGGUUAUAGUGGAGGGGGUUAUAGUGGAGGGGGUUAUAGUGGAGGGAGUUAUGGUGGAGGAAGCCUUGCUGGAGGAUAUGGUGGUGGCAUGGGUGGUGGCUUUGCCAGUGGCAGUUUUGCAAGUGGCUUUGGUGGUGGCUUUGGCAUGGGAGGAGGAGGAGGAGAUGGAGGUCUCCUCUCAGGUGAUGAGAAGCAAACCAUGCAGAAUCUUAAUGACCGCCUUGCUAACUAUUUGGGCAAAGUCCAUGCUCUUGAAGAGGCAAAUGCUGAGCUAGAACUCAAAAUCAAGGAAUGGUAUGCCAAAUUCAGCACUCCUGACACUGAUCGAGAUUACAGCAAGUAUUUUAACCUCAUUGAAGAUCUUCGGAACCAGAUAAGUCGACAUACAAUUGAGAAUGCUGGAAUUGUAUUACAAGUUGAUAAUGCUCGACUAGCUGCUGAUGAUUUCAAACUUAAGUAUGAAAAUGAGUUGUUCCUACACCAAAGUGUGGAGAGUGAUAUUAAUGGCUUACGCAGAGUCUUGGAUGAUUUAACCAUGAGUAAAUCAGAUCUAGAGUUGCAGAUUGAGAGCCUGAAUGAGGAACUUCUCUACCUGAAGAAGAACCAUGAAGAGGUGGGAGACAGGUUUUUCUAA